GCUCCAAUAUUUUAAGAUGAUUGGUGGUCAUUUUACAUUUACAACAAAAUCUACGCAAAUUUACAAUAGUCAUACUCAUAUGAAGUCAAUUAUUUACAUUUAAAUAUCUCAAACGUUUUGUUAAUAAUUGCUAAUUAAUAUUACAUUAAUAAUAUGAUUUAAGAAAAUAUCCUAAUUUAGUUACAUGAUGUUAUGAAGAUUUUAUUAUUCUUUUAGUCUCGUCUUGAAACUUGUAAAAAGUGUUGUAAUAUCAGUAUUUUAAAUAGGUUGAAAGUACACUACGAGUUAGUGAUUAAUAAAUCAAUUGUUCGAAUAGUGAAUCUGCACUCACAUUAAACAAUGACAGACUACUUUCAUGAAAUGGGCUGGAGAGAGUUGGAAGAUGGUGAACACCCAAAUCAUUUUCUUCAUUUGGCCAGACUUUUAAUGGAUUUUAAUGUUUUUGAGGACAACUUUUCUGGAGAAUGGCCUAGGCUACCACCACCAGCAUCAAAAGAAGCAAUCAAUAAUUUACCUGAGAUUUUAAUACAGAGUGAAGACAAAUGUUGUCCGAUAUGUCUUAAAAAGUUUCACAAAGAUGAAAAAGCUAAAAAACUGCCCUGUGAUCACAUGUAUCACCCUGUUUGUAUUUGGACAUGGCUAGAGAAGACUAAUUCCUGUCCAUUUUGUCGGCUUGAGUUACCAACUGAUGAUGAGGCAUAUGAAGCUUUUAAGAAGGAAAAGAAAAGAGCUGAACAAAGAAAGGAUGAAAUAGAAAUUCUACACAAUUCAAUGUUCAGUUGACCUGCUACUGUUUCUAGAAAUCUUGAGAAUACUACAUACAUAUUAAAAUUAUUUAAAAUUUAUAUUUUGGUGGAAGAAAAAUAUAUAGAUGUGUAUAUAGUUAAUACUUUAUAAAUUAUUUAAAUAAAUAUGGAAUUGAAGGAUAGGUAAAUGGGAUGAAUUGGAGUAUUAAAAGUUAAAUUGAUCAUUAUUAUAUGUUAUAGAUAUUUUUAAUUUAACAUUAGGGGGCGUCCAUAAAUUACGUGAGAUGUUUAAGGGGGGAGUGGGUCGAGUCAAAUCUCAUCUAAUCUUAUGUUGGAGAGAGGGGGGGUACAGCAAAUAUCACGCAAUUUUUUUUCUAUUCAUGUCCAUUUGAUCCAGAUUGUACAUGCUUAAGAUCUAAUCUUAAGCUUAAUUGUAAUCGAUUAAGAUGAUUCACUAAUUAUUCGUUCGAAAGAAAAUAAUUUCGUUCAUACUUCGACGUUAUACAUCUUUACAAUAAUAAUCCAACGUGUUUAUCUAAGAAACUCUCUAGAGUUCGCAAGAGCUGGGGCUAAAGCAGUCCAAUAUGGUCCGGAACCCAUUUGUGGACUGCCCAAGAGCGCCAUCCGACACACCCUGAGUAACCAAUGUAAACAAGAAGCACUUAAACGCUGGAACAACUCUUCAGGUUUAAACCACUCUAAAGCACUGAUAAGGGCAUUCAACAGUAGCUAUGCGAAUGAAGCCCUAUCAUUGAACAGGAAAAAUCUAGGCAUACUCACUAGGAUGCUAACCGGGCACUGUCGCCUAAACAAGCACCUCAGUGUGGUCGGCAUCAAAAGCGACAAAGCUUGCAGGUUCUGCCUUGAGGAUGAUGAAACACCUAUUCAUCUACUCUGCGACUGCGGCCCACUAAUGCAUAAGCAUACAUGCAUAAUGCGUAACACAAUCUAUGGUGACUACUUCGUGCCACCAGACAGUGUUUGCAACACUCGCGUCAAGGAACUACUGCGGUUCGUAAAGACGGCAGGGCUUGACGAUGAGCUUUAGUAUGAGUGGCGAACACAAUAGUCCAAUUCUGGACGCGGUGUUACUAGGAAUCUUUUAGGACUAGGAAAUAGCCACCCUCUUCAAGUAAUAAUAAUAAUAAUAAUCUAAGAAACCCACAUUUUGAAAAUCUCACGUGAGAUUGGGGUAUAGGGGAGGGGGUUGAAUAAACUCUCACGAUAUCUCACCAGGGGGGGAGUGAGUUACAGAAAAUUAAAAAAAACGCCUCACGUAUUUCAUGGACGCCCCCUUAUUGUUUUAAAUCUUUAUAGGAUUGAUUGUUCCAUAAAGAUUAUGCAAGGACACUAUCUUAGAUCAUUUAUAGAUAGACUAUGACAGUUCUGAAAAAGUCCAAAAAAAAUUCGAAUUUUCGAAUUUUGUACAAUUUAGCAUUUCAUGAACAUUCAGACAAUGUGUCAUACAAAUUGCGAGUGUAACAUGUAUCUUAUCACGCACACUUAACUAAUAUUCCUGGCCUGUUUUUAAUGGUUGUUUAUCAGCAAGGGACUCUAUCUAAACAUAUAAAUAAUAUAUCUAUUAGGUAAUUUAAAUAAUAUAAUUAGUUUAAUACAAGUGCACCUUAAAAUUGUUAAGUUAUUCAACGAAAAUAUAUAAAUUAAUGUAGUAAUAAACACAAAUAUCAAACCA